AACACUUCCUUUUAGUUGACAACAGCGAGUGUAAAGGGACAGUGAGUACAACUAGCAAAAUACUACACAGCAGGAAACUGUACACAAGACAACGGGUAAACAUUUAGCUUAGCAACUCUUACCUGAAGUCUAAUGUGUCGUGCAUAACCAAGGUUAGUGUUCACAGGAGUACACACAGCAUGCACUCUAGAUGGUCCAUUUCAUUGUCCUGCAGCCACGUACACUGUAUAUGACUAAGAUUUGAAGGCAGAUGUGGAUUCAGUGAAACUUUGUCAUCAAUCCCCCAAUCCAUCCAUGUGUAUAAUUUUCUUCAAGUUUGACCCCCGCCCUGCGUCCAAAAAUGCCUACAGGCUAAUUUUGGCUGCAAACAGAGAUGAGGUCUACAACAGGCCAUCCAAAGCUGCAGACUUCUGGGGGACCAGCAGUGAGAUUCUCAGCGGCCUGGACUUGGAAUGUGGCAGGGAAGGAGGAUCAUGGCUGGGGAUCAGCAAGCGAGGCAAGCUUGGUGCAAUCACCAACUACAUGGAAGGGCGUGUCAACCCUGAUGCACAAGGAAGAGGAUUUCUAGUGUCUAACUACCUUAUGGACAAGGAUGUGGACAGCUACUCUUAUCUAAAGAAGGUGUCGGCAGAAAGCCACCUUUACAACGGCUUCAACCUCAUCACAGCCGAGUUCAAAGCCAAACAAGACAUUGUGUGUUACUAUGGAAACAGAGGCAGCCCUGAACCCAUCCAUCUAAAAUCAGCAGGAAUCUAUGGCUUGAGUAAUUCGCUGCUGGACACGCCGUGGAAGAAACUGCUGCAAGGCAAGCGCCACUUCACCAGCGUUGUCAACGACCAGUCGCUGUCCUGCGAUGGACUGGUACAAGAGCUGCUCACCGUCCUCAAUAAUGAGGAGCUGAACGCACCUGAUCCAACUCAGGAGAGCCAGGGCAAUGGUAUCAGCAAGCCUCUGCUCCAGGCUCAGUCAGCAGUGUGUGUUCGCACCCCUAAUUACGGCACAAGGACCAAUACAAUUAUCCUGAUAGACGCAGAAGGUAAUGUGACCUUCACAGAGCGCAACAUGUCCAACUGUGGUGACACAGGCAAAUGGAGCACCAGUUCUUUCCAGUUCAAACUGCAGGUGUGAAGAUGUUAUGGAGGAAAUCCACUGUGUGCCUUUCUGCAUCACCCUCCAACCUCCCUGCCCCCCUCUCCCCCUCCUCAAGCUGCGCUUCAUAGCAGCUAUGUGAACAUGAAGACUCGUCUGCACUUUUUCUUAAGCUAGCUGACACUAGCGGCCUCAUUAACAUCAGUGAUAUGUAUUUCGUCUUCUUGAUUUAAGUUAUGAAAAUGCAUCUUUUGAAAAUGUGUGCUAAUUUAAAAGAUUGCCAAAGAACAUUUAUAAUUUUGUAGAGGCAAAUAUUGUACUUGCAUUUCACAAAACUGUGGGGUUGGGUCGCUUUGAAAAGUCUAAGACAUUACAGAUUGCGAGUAACCUGCUUUGAAAUACAAUCAGUACUGUAGUGCUCAGGAUUAUUUCAAUGCAAUCUCAUGUAUCCUUGAAGUACUCAACAUGGAGUUUAUGCACAAUUUCCAGACUGCAAUUUGAAAUUAUUUUCUGUUUAACACAAUAAUGAAUCAUUGGGUCUCUGGUAUUUUUCUAUAUAAUGUGUAAUCUGAUUAGACUUUACAGUAAUUAUCACAAAUUAGAGUUACCAACUACUGUAACCCUGUUAUGGGUAAUUUCAUUAGUUAUGCCCCAACCCUGCACAACAGUAGCCUCAGUGUUGGUAACAACCGAUGCUGAAUGCAAACCGUUUCAGGCACUGGAUCUCUAACCACUCCCAUGGUAGAAUAAUGCAUUUUACAGCUGCUCGACAAUAAAACAGUUUAUCCAAACACUCA